AUGAACACCGACGAGCAGUAUUACGCCUCGGCGCAGCUCUACAAGGAGUCGUGUGCGUUUCAGAGAGCCCAAGCGCAGGACUACAACCCCAGCCCCCCCGCCUGCCUGUACAUGGGCAGGCAGCAGCAGACUCCUUAUUCCAGCGCCUUAGGGGCUCUCGAGCAAGGCAGCCCUCCAGACAUUUCACCUUACGAGGUGCCCCCCAUCACUGAGGAUGCCGGGGUCUCCCAUCUUCAUCACCAUCACCACCACCACCCUCAUCUUCCUCCUCCUCACCAGGACGCGCUGCCUUUUGCAGACGGGGCAGACACGGGGGCUAUAGAGGAACCCCGAAUGCAGGUACCUUUCGCCUGGAUGAAGUCCACCAAAUCGCACGCCUGGAAGGGACAGUGGACCGGUGGAUCCUACAUGGUGGAACCGGAGGAGAACAAGCGGACGAGGACGGCAUACACGCGGGCGCAGCUUCUGGAACUGGAGAAGGAGUUUCUCUUCAACAAGUACAUCUCCAGGCCGCGGCGGGUGGAGCUGGCUGUCAUGUUGAACUUGACCGAGAGGCACAUCAAGAUCUGGUUCCAGAACCGGCGGAUGAAGUGGAAGAAAGAAGAAGACAAAAAGCGAGGGGCGGGCAACAGCAAUGACCCCGAGCAAGACUGCGUUGUGUCCCCCGGGGAGCUGCAGACCAAGGAGGAUCUCCAGCCGUGCCCCGCCGGGAACCUUCCCUCGGGAGCUUCCAGGGACCUUCUCGCCCCCAGCCUGGUCUCAAGAAGGCAGCAGGACUCGCGGUGA